GGCAGAAAGGAAUUACUCUUGAAUCAUAUUUGGGUGGUGUUCUGUAAUUCUGUCAUUUUUAUCAUGCAAUACUAAUAUUAUCACAAGUGCAGUAACCUUUUGGUGUGCUACCUCAAUUCAGUUCUGUGAAGGUUUCAUUUCACCUAAGAUUUUCAAUCGAAGGCUCCCUAGUAUUUGAAAAUUGAAACGGAGACAAAUUGGUGGCCAGCAAUGUUAAUCUACCCACCAUGAUGGAGGAACCACUUAAUUCAGGACUAUCUGAUGUUCAGACAGUUUGGCUUGCUGUUCAGUCUGCCAUCCCAGUUGUAUAUAAUCAGUGUAUGAAAGGCGGAAAAAUUGCAGAAGAAAAAAUACCUUUCCUCAUAUCACUCAUCGACAGACUAACUAACGCAGAAUUUAAAAAUUGCUACGCCAGGAACUUCAAGAAUGAGGAUUCAACCAAGGAAGAUGAGCAUUUAGCUUUUACAACUUGGCUGCUAGGACAGCUGGUCCUUUUCCUUACAGAAUUUGACAUGGAAUCUGUGUACACCAGCUCAAAGCGUGCACAAAUUUUCAUUCUAGAGUCUAUGCUGAGCUGGACCCCUUGCAUGUUCAUUCAGAUCGUCAGCUUUUAUCUUGCCGCUAUUGAAGAUCUCUUGGCCUUCUAUAAAAUUCGAGUUGAAAAAGUUGGCACUUUAGAAAAGACUUCUCCACAAUUUCACUCCUCACAGACUUUCAAAUGGUUUGUUCCAAAUGCUGUAUCUACCUUACCAGAUUGUUUCAAUUUUGAACAAAGUCUUUUUGGGAUUAGAAGUGUUUCGCAAUGCACCAAACUUCUUGAACAACUUUUAAAGGUUUUGUCUUCGCAAGUUUUUUGUGUCAUUAACUUGGGUCGAGAUUUAUGGCCUCUGGCGUUAAAUAUCCUAGACUGUGUUUCGGAGGUUAAUGUCAGGCUAGCUACUCUCGACAUCACCAUUCAACUUCUGCAGCACAAAGGAUACCCUGAAAAUAAUUCAUUAAAAAAUGCAUUUUUCCAACAAAUGGAGCAGCUGCUCAAACAAGCAUGUACCGAAAACCACCUCAACUCAAAAAACGACAAGCUAUGGAUCCGAGUUGUGAAUUUAUUAGAUGAGGUUAUCGUCAUGAAAGGUUCUGGAAGUAAUGUCGUCAAUGCAUCAUUACUUAAUGCAUUAUUCAUCGUCAUCAACAAUGAGAAUGUUUCACUACUAUGCAAUGAGUUCUUGAUAUCAAUGUGCGAUUUUGUGAAGUAUCUUCUCGACAUAACUCCUGAGUUUUUUGAAACCUCUCUGAAGUUGGAUUCUUUAUUUUGCAAACUACCUGUUUGUCCCCACUUAUUCAUGAUCCUGGAGUACAUUUAUUUUCGCAAAGUUAAUUUGCUCCACAGUGAAAAAAGUAGUGCCAAUCUAGAUCCAGAUGCAGAUUAUUCUAGUAUCCAGAAAAUUGACACCAAAAGUAUCCUCAAUACCACAGCCAUUUGGAACAGAGCUGUGAAUGUAAUGGAAGAGAAAGUAUUCACAAAAAUCAGUCACAAUGGUGAUUCAUUCCCGCCCAAUUCUCAUCUGAGUCUUGAAGAUAGGAAAGCUAUUCGCCUACUCUAUUUCUUCUGCAAGACCAUUAGUAAUUUAAGUUUUGAGAUCAGUGUGAAGAAUAAAGUUUCGUUCUUAAGUGGCAAAUUAAGUGACGUUCUCAAAUGUUUGAUGUAUGGGCUCUUAAAGGAGUCUAAGCCUGAUGUGACUUUGCUCAAAGAUUGUUUGUUUGUCCUAAAUCAAGUCGUAACAAUCUCUGGGAUUAAUAAUGAGCCACCAGAAGUCAUUCAUUUGCUGGCUGCAUUUUCAUCAUUACCUUGGAUCUUGGAUGAGGAUGUGUUUGCCAAAUUCCCGUACACCAUCGACGCAAGCUCCUUCAAUUUAUUGAAAACCAUUGGAUUGAAGUAUAAAACUGAAUUAUGCGAUCAAAAUCUUCGUGCGGACCAGUUAGAAUGCCUUGCCUAUUUUUCAAGCAAUAUUUGCUUCCAGUGGAGGUUCGCCUUGUAUCAGACUUUUUCCAACGAUGCGUUUUAUCAACGUGUCAUCUUCAAUUCGCUACCUUUUAUGAUCCUUAACUGUCAAGGCUCAAACCAAGAAAAAAUGUCGCAGUUCCUCUUUUCAAUUGUAGACUUGUGUAAGAGGAGCAUCACAAUUCACUUGGAAUUUUCAGAAGCUCUUCCGAACAUUUUAUGUGCCCUGUCUUUUGAUGCUUUCUUAAAAAGGAACUCAAAAAUGAAACUGAACAUAAACUGUCGUAUCUGCAGAAACAAUGACUGCACCAAAUUCAAGCAAGGUGGGGAUGUGGAGCUCAACAAUUUCCUGGAAACAUUCACUGCUAGAUACUACACUGAUUUUGUUCAGGGAUUAAUCCUUGAAACCUCCUCUUCAACGAAGGAACUAUGUCGUUUGCGCAAGAAUAUAAUUUGUUCCUUACCAUAUUUAACCAAUCAUGUGCCAAAAAAGUUCUGUGAAGCUUUCUUACACAGCAGUAUGAAAUUUAUGGAUGAUGUUGAUGCUGACAAUCGGUUUAUGUUCGCAAAAGUAGUCAAGUACACAAUCUUCAACAACCAGUGGCUGAAGAAAGUUAUUAGCGAUAAAAGCUGUUUGAAGAAGUGGUCCCUGUCAGACAGAGAGGUUUUCUUUGAUGCAGAACCCUUCUAUGAGGUAUUUAAGAGCACUUGCUAUGAAGUCAUCUGCAACAGUCUCCAAAGUGCUGGCAUGGAUAAACAGAUAUCAGUCAUGGAGACACUUUUGAACAUUGGCAGCAUACCGUGUGAUCUGUUUUUGUGGCCUACGGUGAAAAUGCUGAUGCAUUAUGUGGCUCAUCCAUGCAAAAAAGACAUUUAUCUCUCAUCAUGUAACAUUCGCCAAAUCAUCACAGCUCACAACAUGAACAUGCAUAACUUCGUUAAACGGUAUGAAGGAGAAAUCUUAGAGGAAAUAAUCUUUCAAGUUGUCACCUUCAAGAAGUAUUUUGGUACAUCAGUGAGCAAAACUCUUCCAGAUCUUUGUCAUCUGUUUGGAUCUGAAACGCAAGAUUUCAUUCUUCGUCACGGUCCCAAUCUUUUCAAGUACUUGUUUCAAUGGGCGAUUGAUUGGAGAGGAUGCGAACCGCUUUUUGAUGAUCUGGCUCAGUUGAGCAAUCAAUCAGUCAAAGAGAUCAUCCUGGAAGGCUUCAGUGAAAUUUACCCUUUCAUCAUCCUGCAUGAGUCUGGAAAUAAUGCAGUAUUAUGCUGUAACUUGAUUGAGCGACUGUCAGGCCUAACCAUUCACGUUUUAAUACGCAGAUUCUUCCUCGUUAUCUUAGCUAAUAUCCUGCUUAACUACUGUGUCAAUCCCAUAGAGGCUAAAAGAGCGUGUCUUGAAGUUAAGAAGUAUGAUGAGAAAACACUGCCAACAACUUCCAAACAACAGACUGAAAUAGUCGACUCUCUUCAGAUCAGAUUUCUAGGUUUACUUGUUGAACUGGAAUUUAAAUUGACCUCCCAGUCAACCUCAGACUCGACCAAGGCGAAAAUUCUGUGUUCUCUCCCGGACAUUUUCAAUCUAAUGGGCCCUGAGUACAUCACCUCGGUGCGAUUUAAAGUGCUUGUCACACUCUGCACUGCUCUGACACUUCAGCAAGGCAUCCUUCCAUCACUGUGCAUCAAAGCUUGGGAUGCUUUUGUGAAAAUAGUUGAAGUUUCCGCCCUGGGACCGAUGCUAAGCACAAUUUUCGUCUCUCUUUAUCCACUGAUCGAUGACUAUCCAAGCGAGAUCUCUAAUAUCUUCUAUUUCCUAAUCUGUGAAAAUGAAGAAAAGUUGUCUUGUUUCUUUUCUGAGCUGUUCUUCCUCGAAAGUCAUCCUGCAAACCCAGUAGUUUAUGAGCAAGUCCAGAAGUAUUUGACGUCUGAUGCACAAUUAGAUGGAGAAAAUUUCAAACGACUUCUGCGACAAGCAUCGCACGAAAGGUCAGAAGUACGUCUUCAAGCUUUCAAGCGCUUGAAAACGGAGCUUGAUUUCUAUCAUGAUGAAAUAAGCAGACGAAUCCUGAGCAACGAUUCCUUGGAUCGACUCAUCUUGGAAAUUCUUGAAAUUCUGACAGCCGGCUCUCAUGAUUCAGAUGAAAGAGUUCGUGUCGCAAGUGGGAAAUGUUUUGGAGAAUUGGGUGCCAUUGAUCCUGGACUCGUACCUAAUAAAAUAUCAAAGUCUGAUCUCACAAAGAACGUGCCUUUGAAAGUUGAUAGUGAAGGUGCAAUCAUUCAUCUUCUAACAACACUUUGCCAAGGAUUCCAAAGUGCAAAAUUAUCAAGAUCACAAGAUAAUUUUGCCCUCGCAAUACAAGAAAUACUGAAAAUAUUUUCUGUGGAAGAAAACUCGCAGCUUCUGUCCAAUUUUCCUGAAAAUUUUCGUGAGCUGAUGAAGCCUCUGUUCAAAUCCACUUACAAUUGUAAUUAUAAAGAGCAAGAUAACUCGGAAAUAAAUUUCCAAUUUCCUAUUUUUGGCUCUGUAAAAGGUAAAACUUUUCUAUCAUGGGCUUUCAACUGGAUCAACCAAUUGGUCUCAUUGAUAUCAGACAGUCAGAUCAAAGAGAUCUUCAAAAAUUGCAAGGGUUGCAUGAAAAGUGAUGAAUCAACUAUUCGUGCUUUUAUGCCUUUCAUAGUAGUCAAAGCAAUAAUCGAAGCAACUGAUCAGCAGCGCGAAGAAAUCUUUGCAGAACUUGACUUUGUCAUGACCAACAGCGGUGCUGAAUUCCUCCUAUCAAAUUCUAACAAGUCAUCAUCUGCUGGCUUGGCACGACAAUUCAUCAAGCCUGUUUACUGUCAAAAUUACAAUGCCGACUUAGUAAAUGAAUUAAGUUUAAAUGCCGAGACAUGCUCUAUACUUUGUGCUAAAGUUGUUUAUGGUCUAAUUGAUUUUUUAUUCCAAUAUGCGCGAGAUGAUAGUGAUCAAACUUCAGCUGAAGGUAGAAAAAUAAUUGGAAACUUUCUAACAUUAUUCUCUAAAGAAAAAAUAGCGGAAAAAACGUUUGAAUUUGACGAAUUUCCUAGAGCUCUCUUAUAUCUAGAGCAGCAUGUAGCGGAACAUCCUGGAGCGUUGCAAGUGCACUUACCAUUGUUCGGAAGGAUUUACGCUCAGUUGAAUGAUGCUGAUGCCCUACAAGGAAUAAUUGCAGUCCACACAACAGAGCCGUCGGCAGAUGAGAUGCUUCUCAUGCAUGAGGUGACAGGCGGAGCUUCAGAUGCAGUUGUAUGUUACGAGAAACUUGCGCAGAAAACCGACAACAAUCCCCUAUUCUACAGGAAUAUGAUCCAGUGCUACCUGCGCAUAAAUCAACCUUUCACAGCCUUAAAAUUAAGUGAUAACUUAAUGGCCAUGAGUGCUGACUUUGAUGAAAUAUUGUUGAGUGAAAAAGUAGAAGCUAUGUGGAGUAUGAUGCAGUUUAGUAAAAUGGAAUCGGUUCUUUCUAAACCUUCUGUACCGAAAGAUGAAAGCUGGGGCACCCGAAUGGGUGUUGCAAUGUUCCAUGUGCUCAAUAAUGAACAUGAUAAAAUGUCAGAUGAAAUCAGCAAUAUUUAUAAAAUAAUAUCCCAGUCUUUGUACACAUCAACUCUUGUCACUGGUGGCUACAGGGAGGGUUAUGAGUAUGUUACCAAACUCCAUAUUUUAAAUGAAGUAGAGCAGUUAAGUUCUUUAAUGCUAUCAGUGCUGAACAGCGAGAAUUCAGACGAAGCAGAGGAUAUUGAUAGGCUUAAAACACUCAUUGAGAAAAAGUUUAGUCGACGAUUGCGACUUUUAAAACCCCUCGGAGAUAUUCUACAACCUGUGUUACGGGUUCGAAGAGUUAUGUUGAGCAUUGGUGAACAUUUAUUGAUGGAGCGCAAAAAACAGGUGGCAACUUACUUUCGUGCUCAGAUUGGCAAGUGUUUAUUGAAAAGCAUAAAAAUAGCACGGAAGGCGUCCCAUUUUCAAAUGGCAUAUUCUAAUGUCUUGGAAGUCGAAAAGUAUAAACCCAAAGAGCUUUUCAUCGAGAAGGCUCAGUUACUGUGGGCGAAGAAAGAAAUAAACCAAGCCUUGGCUACAUUAAAUCGAGGAAUUGAAAUCCACUUUUCAAGCACUGAACCUAACGCAUCCAUGAGUCGUUUGCCAGAGCAAAAUCGAAUACUUGCCAAAGCCAAAUUGCUCAUCGCUUGUUAUAAUGAGGAGACUUCUAAUAUUGAUGCAGCAACAAACACAAAAUAUUUUGAGGAAGCUGUAGCUGCGUGCAAAGAUAUUGAAAAGAGCCACGUUUGCCUAGCUCAGUUUAUGGACAAAACCGUCAUAUCUGAGUAUUAUAAUUAUGCCCCUGUUCCUGAGAAAUUACUUGAAGUUAUCAAAACAUACUCAAAGUCAAUGCUUUAUGGUAGCAAGUAUCUGUAUCAAAGCAUGUCCAAAAUUUUGAGCCUAUGGUUGGACUUUGCUGCAGAUUUGGCAAAAGAUUCCAAAGAGCUUGAUGGGAAAAAAAAAGAAGCGGGACUGAGUCUACGAAAAAGCCUCAACCUUGACAGACGUGAAAAAGCGCUGAAAGGUAUCAUUAGUUUAAUCCAGCAACUGCUUGGGAGACUCCCCACCUUCAGAUUUUUAACUGGAUUCUCUCAAUUGACAUCAAGAAUCUGUCAUCCAGAUAACCCUAGUUUUCUACUUCUGAAAGAUAUAAUUGUAAAAUGUAUUUUAGCAUACCCUAGUCAAACUCUGUGGAUGUUCAUGUGCUUGCAUAAAUCUGCCAUACCGCUCCGAAUGAAGCGCUUCAACAUUGUCUUGAAUGAUGCAAAACUUCAAGUAGCGCCAGUACCUGACCUAAUACUAAAGUUUAAAAAAUUGUUUGAAGUCAUGUCAGACCUAUGUGAGAAGCCAGUUGAUAGUAAAUUUAAAGGUCGACAAAUUCAACUUGAUAAAAUUGCUCCUGAAGUGGUUAAACUGUUCAAUAAUGGAACUUUUGAGCAGAUCAUGAUUCCGUUUCAGAAGUUUAGAACUCUUGCUUUACCCCGUCCUGUUGUAGAAGACGAUCUUUCUUUCUCAGAACACAAACCGUUCCCAGAUGAUUGUGUUCGUUUUUACAGAUUGAAAAAAGAAGUGCUCAUUCUACAAUCCUUGGUGGCCCCUAAAAAAUUGACAUUCAUCGGAUCAGACGGCAAUGAAUAUUCUUUGUUGUGCAAACCUAAAGAUGACCUGCGGUUAGAUUUUCGGUUAAUGGAAUUCAAUGCUAUUGUGAACAUGUUUUUGAAAAGGGACGGUGAAGCUAGAGAUAGGGAUCUACAUAUUCGAACCUACAGUGUUGCACCACUUAUAAAUGAAUGUGGACUCAUCGAAUGGGUUCCCAAUUUAGUCUGUCUGCGACCAAUUUUGAAUUCACUUUACAAAAGCAAGAAUAUGUUUAUGUCAGCUCACGAGAUCAAGAAACGCGUUGCAGCAGUCAAAGAUCCGUUGGAGAAGAAAUUGAUGUUUUUCAGAGACCUGAAAAAAAACCACCCGCCCGUUCUGAAAGAAUGGUUUUUCAAAACAUUUCCGAAUCCAUGUGCAUGGUAUCAUGCAAGGUUAGCGUACAUGCGCACUCUAGCUGUUAUGUCCAUCGUCGGUUUUAUAUUGGGUCUUGGUGAUCGUCACACAGAAAAUAUUCUUCUAGAUAAUAAACUUGGUGAAAUCAUCCAUGUUGACUUCAACUGUCUGUUCAACAAAGGGGAACUCUUUGAUUACAAAGAAGUUGUUCCCUUCCGUUUGACGCAUAAUCUAGUUGACACAAUGGGCCCAACCGGUGUAGAAGGGCCGUUCGUUCGUUGUUGCGAGAUCACAAAUCGAGUAAUGAGAGCUCACAUGCAACUUCUCAUCUCUGUGCUCACUCCGUUCGUCUAUGACCCUCUGCUCUCAUGGAAAGGCGCCAAAGAUGCAGUCAAAGAUAUGAAUGGUGAAGUUGUUAAUUCAGAGGGCAAAACCAAUAUUCUCAACAUUGAAUGCAGACUCAAAGGAAGUGUCAAAAAGAAAGAUGGUAAAUAUGACGAUAUGCAUUUAUCGGUUGAAGGCCAAGUCCGUAGUUUAAUUCACGAGGCAAUGGCUGAAGAAAAUCUUGCUCAAAUGUUCGUAGGUUGGGGUCCUUACUUGUGAGGAGUGGGUGUCCAUCAAUCUCAUCCUUGAUUUUAACCUCAUAAGUCAUCGAACUCCUGAAAAAAACUGGUAAUUCUGCCCAACCCUGAAAAGGUAGGAAACUUCGCUGCAUAACCUUGAAAUUCUCUCUUCUUGCAGAAACGUUCGAUUAGUUUAUAUUGUUUUUAUCAACAAAAAUUAGAACUUAUACCUUUAAAUUCUCGAAUUUUGGAUUUUUUUUUUUUAAUUCUCUAAGUUAAAACGCUUCUUACAUAAGGCCAAAAAGUAUUUCUAAGAGCAUUUUUGUCGGAAAUAAUGAUCCAAGCGAGUAAUUGUUGGUUCUUAUUGUCAAUGCAGAUUGUCGGCUGUGAAGUUUUUUCAGGCUUCUGUAUUUUAUGAUGGCAAACCAAAGUCCGCCAGUAUGCAAAUUACAAACUGCGCAUGUUGCCUGCCUCAAUUUUAGGUAAAUCACAAGCCAGAAAGACUCAUCAUAGGGCUUCCUAGGUUCUACACAGGAAAAUAUCCAUCUUUGUUGUCCCCCUUAUUUUAAAGUGCAAGUACGAAUGGCUGACUACAGAAGCCAUCAAUUAGCACCUACAGUCAUUACCAGUUGUGAACCAAUUCUUGGUGGCCUCUGAAGUAUCCCUCCUGUAAAUAUGUACUAUUAUUACUUCCUCAUCACUGUAUGUUUGUUCCUGUAUAGAUUUGAAUUUCAUCGAAGCUCUUGUAUUUAGUUAGUUUCUACCAAAAUUUUUUUGUAAAAGAUACCUCCCUAAAGUAUAUCUUUCUGAAAAUAUUACUUUCUAAGCUGAAAGCAAUACAUGUAAUUUUUUAUUAAUGAAGCUGUUUUUUUAAAAUUUCA